CAGUUACAGGGCAUGGAAGGGGAAUUAGGGCAAGGUGUGAGUGGAAAGAGAAACAACCCACCGCCCACGCUUAAAAAAUCCGUUUAAUUUAAAAAUAGGUAAUACAGCCAUACAGAGAGGACAUUAAAAUAAAAGAUUUACACAGAAAAUUUUCGUUCCCAAUCCAUUCCCUACUCACAGUCCUACAUACGUUACUUUUAUUUUACUUUUUUUGGAAAUGUAAAUGCACUGGCCCCCUACUUUCUCACGAAGGCUGCACUCUCUCUACAUUCUUCUUCACCUGUGUUUUUGUGCAUACUCUUUCGUUGUGAAAUAUUUUCCCCCAACUGCUGUAGUGUAUGAAAUACAUAUACGUAACCUAAACAACCCCGCUUCCCCACACCCCCUACAAGCCCGUCCCCGCCCUCCCUCAGGCCCACGUGCUCCGAGGGCCCCCUUCGCAGGUUGUUUCUGGCGAUGCCUGUCUGAAGGCCUCAGACCGAGGCCCCGCCCACUCUCUCCCUCCUCUGCCCUUUGGACGCGCGCCUCGUGGACGGCGCCUCAGGCAGCGCGGCGGACAGCCCGUCCUCCAGCGCGCCGCGGGCCUCGGAGGACCCCAGCGACGGUCGUGGCGUAAGACCGGUGGGACGCGGCGAUAGCGGCGGCCGUUGCGAUUGAUUGCGCUGGUCGCCUCCGGCGUCCACUUCCCUGGCCGCCCUUGCUACACUGGCUGAUUGUUGUGCAGCGGGCGCCAUGUCUGUGAGCGAGAUCUUCGUGGAGCUGCAGGGCUUUUUGGCUGCCGAGCAGGACAUCCGAGAGGAAAUCCGAAAAGUUGUACAGAGUUUAGAACAAACAGCUCGAGAGAUUUUAACUCUACUGCAAGGGGUCCAUCAGGGUGCUGGGUUUCAGGACAUUCCAAAGAGGUGUUUGAAAGCUCGAGAACAUUUUGGUACAGUAAAAACACAUCUAACAUCUUUGAAGACCAAAUUUCCUGCUGAACAGUAUUACAGAUUUCAUGAGCACUGGAGGUUUGUGUUGCAGCGCUUGGUCUUCUUGGCAGCAUUUGUUGUGUAUUUGGAAACAGAAACACUAGUGACUCGAGAAGCGGUUACAGAAAUUCUUGGCAUUGAGCCAGAUCGGGAGAAAGGUUUUCAUCUGGAUGUAGAAGAUUAUCUCUCAGGAGUUCUAAUUCUUGCCAGUGAACUGUCAAGGCUGUCUGUCAACAGCGUGACUGCUGGAGACUACUCCCGACCCCUCCACAUCUCCACCUUCAUCAAUGAGCUGGAUUCCGGCUUCCGCCUUCUCAACCUGAAAAAUGACUCCCUGAGGAAGCGCUACGACGGAUUGAAAUAUGACGUGAAGAAAGUAGAGGAGGUGGUCUAUGAUCUCUCCAUCCGGGGCUUCAACAAGGAGACGGCAGCAGCUUGUGUUGAAAAAUAGGAGGCUCUCCUUGCUCCUGGCCUUGCUGACCUCAGCGGUUGCCAGGAAGGGGUGAGCACAGAGUGCCUCUUACGGUAGUUAGGAUGCCCAGUUGCUAAACACUGCGCUUUAUUUUCUUAACCAGUUGUGGUGUGAGUAUCAGAAUUGAAACACUUUUUUGGGGGUAAAAAAUAAUAGCCUUUACAUGGACAGAAUUUUCUUUGUUGUUUCAGUGAAUUUGCUCUGUAAUUCAGUGUAUUUCAGUUCCGUCAAAAAGUGUAAAUGUUAGUUUCUUGGUAAAGUCCUUUUCUUGCUUACCUUGACUGUUGAUGUACUGAUUGAGAAGUUCAUUGUCUCGUUUGUGAUUCUUCCAGAUGUGAUGCUUGAUAUUUUCUAUAUGCGAGUUAGCCAUCCACACCCAGGCAUAGCCUGGAUACAGUAUUAAAAUAGAUAAUUAAAAAGAUGGUUGCCAAGCAAGGAAAACUUAUUUUAUAUUUUCCCUUCCUUAUUUUAAGCAUUGUGAGUAAAUCAGAUGUUGAAUUCUUUUGCCGAGGGAAUUAUAGCCCCAGGUUCUCUCUCACUGCCAUCAAAAUAUACAAGAUUAAACUGCAAAGUCAAGCUCAGCAGAUUAUUUUGGAAAGUUUUUGUAUUAAGGGAUUUAGUAACAUCAUUUGGUUCUCCACCAUGCAGGGAGUAGGGCUUAGUGUUUUAAAACACCUCUGCUUUCUCAUGUUGCCUUAAUAUUCUGCUAUUGCAGCAAUUAAAAAUUGUCUUCACGUACAUUUGGAACUAACACGUGAUAUGAUAUAUUCCUAAACUAUGAAACCUUUUUUCUAGUAGUCAGCUAGAUCAUUUGAUCUGGGAGUAUAAAACCACCCACAUAAGUUAAUAAGCAAAAUCCUGACUAUUAUGUUGUUAGAGAAAAAUGCUUUGCUUUGUCUGGAAGAAAGAUAAAAUAGUGAAUUCUAAAUAAAUCAGGCGGGGCGUGGUGCCUCACACCUGUAAUCCCAGCACACUGGGAGGCCUAGGCAGGGGCAUUGCUUGAGCUCAGGAGUUCGAGACCAGCCUGGGCAACGAAGUGAGACUUCAUCUCUAUACAAAAACAAAAAACACGAAAGCACACACAAAAUAAAUCAGUGGGAUUUGGUAAUAUGUUUUAGAGUAAGAAAUUUCAGGUUGUUGGUGACUGUCAGGUUUUAAAUGUACAGUUUGGGGCAAGUCAUGUAAAUACUGUUGGUGGUCUUCAAUUUUCAGGUAGUACUAAGAGUAUGUGCCAGGAAACUCUUGCUAUCGAAUUGAGACGAUUAAAAUGGUGACUUAAUCCAUAGUUACUUUGCACUCACUGAAAGGAAAGUGCUUUCCAGAAUAAUACAAAGUAUCUAAAAGUGUCACCUUUUCUGGCCUGAUCAACCUGAUCAACAAUUUGGGCUUCCUGUUUGUAUGAGGGGCUAUUUGGCAUACUCUUCACAGCUUUUAUCAGGCCAAGUUAAAGGCUGACUACAUUUUUUCAUCACGAGAAAAGCAGUUGAAAUGAGGCAUGAGUUACUGUGCAUUGGGAUUUUAGAACAAUGUUCUUGACAGCUAUUUUGUGAAGUUAGGUUCUUAAAAGUGCCCAUGAUGGUCACUUAAAAUGUGCAUUAAUAGCACUGCCAGGAUCAGGCAUGAAAGACUUUUAAAUUAGAUCAUCACACAUAAGGCAAUAAGUUUGAUAAUAGGUUUUUUUUUUUUUUUAACCUCUUUAAGUAUUGAUUCUGCUUGAGAAUAUUGAAGUACUUGCCAGAAGUUGUGGAUUUCAGUUUUAACAAAUGCAAUUUAAGUGGAGAAGCACACUCUGGUCUUGGAAUUCCAUUUGAGGAUUUAGAAGUGUCAUGUUUAUACUUACUCAGUUGUGUUUGUUGCUGGCUUGUUGUAAAGCAAUAAAAUUUUUUUGGUCUUUUUGUAAGUGAGUGUGCUGCUGUAAGAAAUCUCCCACGUGCAUAACAAAUUCUGAAUAUUUUUUGAGGCUAAAGAAGACCGGGGUGACAAGCACAUACUGCUGUGUAAUGGUUACAAUAACCAAAAGACACCAGCCGCUCAGAGUUCUAUACUGUAAAGCGCAGAUAACAUUUGUGUGUUAUACCUUGAUUGGGGAAUUAAAAGUCAUUUAACUGAAGAUGUUGAGAAACCUGGGCUCUGGUGUUAGUAUACCAGAAUUACUGUUUUCAAUUGUAGAAAAUCAAGCAGGUUAGAGAAAAUAGAGACGAAUUAGGAGACACUGUCUUACGGAUUCAUUUAUAAGAAGAUAACCAGCCAUAUACACGUGGGGAUAUUUGCCGUGUCUUAAACUUGAAUAAUAAUAUGAGCAAUGCUUAAGGGAGUUUAAUAGAGAAGGAAAGCUUUGGCAGUGUUUUGAGACCUUAAGUGGCUAAAGAGAUGAGACAAACAUGCAGGUUGCUACUGGCAUAGUUUCAUAAUUGUGUACUCAGAAAUUAAAGUUUGCUUGUUUCUUGGUCUGGA